AUCAGGAGUCCUUUCCACCGCCACCAGCCAAUCACAGAAACCGCCGACCCCACAGGGCAGUCUGACGAACGGACAAAUGGCGGGCACUCAGGACGUCUUGGGACCAAUGACAGCUGCUGGAACAGACAGAACAGACUCAGGUCACAGUGUCACGGACCCACAUGACAGUUCAGCUUACAAGGCCUACCUAGCUCAGGUACAAGCUCAGAAAUUGGCAGCCGCCCGAAAACAACAACAACAGCAGCAGCAGCAGCAGCAACAACAACAACAACAACUAAUGCUUCUAAAACGACUUCAGCAACAACAACAGCAACAACAACUAGGACUUCAUCAGACGAACCCAAACCGUUUGGCACGAUCCCAACCUCAGACCAGCUCUUUGAAUUGGAGUGGAGACAAUAACCUGAUAUCUCCCCGAGUCUCCCCCGAGGCUGGGCCACCCCCCAACCCCUCGGCGCAGAUAUACAGUAACAAUUAUAUCCCUCGCACAUCCAGCACACGGUACGGAACGUCAAGGCGGAAUAGCUAUGUGCCGCGUGCCAGCCGAUUGAUCUACAACAUGUUAUUGUUUGAUAUGCUCUGAAAGAGUUUCUUUUCCAAAUUGUAGAGCACGAGUUUUUAUAGUAAGAGUUUUACGGCACUUGCAGCACAGUAAGUCAUAUAGGUGCCGAA